AUGUCCCUCUACUUUGAUGCGGUUGCAAUCUUGACUGCACCCUCCUCAGGGGGCUCAUUCAAGUCCCGGGUUUACAGCGCUCGGAACCUACGCGCAUCUCCAGCGCAGAUUUAUGCAUUGAUCACCGAGGCUGCUAAAUGGGACACCGUGCUGGCAGACGUCAUUGACAAAUCAGGCAUUCUCGCCCUGGAGCGCAAGCUCUCUCCACUCCUUGCUCUUCUCCUCGUUCAUGAUCAUCUACUCGCGAAGAAGGGCAUUGCCGCGCCGGCAACCCACACACUCCGCCAGACUGUGGAGCGUCACAAGGCCAGGCUAAGGGCCGAGUUCACCAAGGCUCGUGUCCGUCGUGGAUGCGCCAAUGUCGAGCAAUUUAAGGCUGUUGUCAUACGUGAGAAAAGACUGGCUGAUGGAACCAGCAACUUCGUCUACCCGCGCUGGGUGCGCAUCAAUAAUAUCCGCACUACACUUGAAGAGCAGCUGAGUACUACGUUCAAGUCUUACCGUCGGGUAGACACUAUUGCAGACUUGGCCCCAGAAGACGAGCUGGAAAGCCGAAAGCCCGAGCCUCGAUUGUUCAUGGAUCCUAACAUCCCAGAUUUGGUGGCGGUACCUUUCGGUGCAGACUUCACUGCCUCUUCUGCCUACAAAAAUGGAGAAAUAAUUCUCCAGGACAAGGCGUCCUGCUUCCCAGCGUAUCUCCUAUUGGGUGACCGUGGGCCUAGCGACCCAUGGGAUGGCGACUUAAUCGAUGGCUGCGCUGCCCCAGGGAACAAGACUACACACUUGGCUUCGAUUAUGGCCAAACAACAAAAGGGCAACAAAGACAGCAAACAGAGAAUCUUUUCCAUGGAUGCCUCCACCAUGCGUUCCAAAACGCUACAGAAAAUGGUUAGUCUGGCCGGGGCUGACUCGGUCACUGUGCUACAGGGUCAGGAUUUCCUUGCACUUGACCCAGAAGAUGAACGGUUUGAAGAUGUCACCGGGUUGUUGUUGGAUCCCAGUUGUUCUGGUAGCGGAAUCAUCGGCCGUGACGAUGUCCCUCAGUUUACACUCCCUGCCGCUGCAGCGUACAAGGCGCCCAAGUCACAUGGAAAGAAGAGGAAACGCCCAGACAACGAAGACGAAGCAGAUGGUGAACAGUCCAAAGCCACCAUGGGAAAUCCGCAGGCAGCGCCCACGGAUGAAAAUGAUAUCCCGGAUGGGACGAUCGACCCAGAGCGACUGACCAAACUAUCAAGCAUCCAAGCGCGAAUCGUUGAACACGCUCUGCGUUUCUCGAAUGCUACCCGUGUGACGUACAGUACUUGUUCUAUUCAUUUGAUUGAGAAUGAGGGCGUCGUGGCUCGCAUUCUGAAUUCUCAGGUUGCCAAAGAGCGCGGCUGGCGCCUCCUGCGGCGCGAUGAGCAGCCCGAUGGCUUGCGUCGAUGGGAGAAACGAGGUGUCCGAGAGGAGCGGCCCGCCGAGGGAGAGACAGGGCCAUCGGGCACGGUAGAUCUUUCUGACGAGGCACUAGAAGCAUGCAUCCGAUCCUGGCAAGGUGACGCAGAAGGCCUUGGAGGAUUUUUUGUCGCUGGAUUCAUUCGUGACCCUGGUCAUGCUAUUGCGGCCGUUCCGGCGAAGGGAAGUGGACGUGGUGAGCACGGUGAGAGCGACGAAGAGGAAAAAGAUGAAGAUGAUGAAGACGAUGAAGAAUGGGGAGGAUUCUCCGAUUAG